CGAACUGCAAAAUGGACGUGUUGUGUGUGUGCGUGGACAUCAACAAUGAAUGGGAGGUGAAGAAAAUGGGGAGAAGUGCGAUCCAUCACUCACUAGAACCAAGUCUGGUAUGGGUUGAAGAGAUCGAAAUUCUCCUCGGUUCUCAUCAUCCAAAAAAAGCGAGCCUAUGUGGGGUAAUUCCUCUGCAUGCCGUUCAUUUCAAUUAGGAGUGAUCUAAUCUACCAAAAGUAUGCAAUACCUUUGUAGAGAUUCUUUGUGAUUACUAAACUUGUAAAUUUGGAGAUGUUGAGAUGCGAUUUUGCGUAGUUCAACAAUUUGGCAAGUUCCCUUUGUUAAGUAUUGUUUUCCAAACGUCUAUGUAUAGUUCGAUUCCAUGAGUAAAGGCCUCAGAAGUGCUCAACCUACAUAUGUG